ACUCAUCAUAUACUUCCUACCAUUAGCAAUCUUUCUCUUUUUAUCUCUCGUUUGGCCUUCUUGGGGCUCUGUUAAUAAUCAAGAUUUUCUCCCAAUUAACCAUCUUAUAACACCACCAUAUCUGCCUGCAAAAACCCAUCUCAAGAAAAGUGUCACCAUUCCAUCAGUUCCAGUUGCAUCAUGUCUGCCAAAUCCAAAUCCUCUUCGUCCGAAACUCCUCCCACCACAAAAAAUCCCAUCAGCAAAACAUCACCAGCAACACCCAGAAUCAGUAAACUCAGCAGGGGAGUAGCGAAAUCCGAAACUGAUUCGCCAUCUCCCCUCCAAACCACAAGAACGUCUGUAGAUCGGUCCCCACGACCUGUUGCUUCAAAGACUCCGGUAGAUCGUCGGUCCCCAAAGAUCAGCACCCUUGCCGAAAAACCAGCUCCAAGGGCGGCGGUGACACCAAAGGGAUUAGAGUUACAAGCUCAAUUGAAUGCUCUUCAGGAUGAUCUUAAAAAAGCCGAAGAAAAGUUGGUAUGUGUUGAGAAAGAGAAAGAAAAGGCGAUCAAUGAACUGAAAGAAGCACAGAGAUUAUCUGAGGGCACGAAUGAAAAGCUCCGGGAGGCCCUUGUGGCUCAAAAGAUGGCCGAAGAGAGUAGUGAGAUAGAGAAGUUUCGUGCUGUUGAGAUGGAACAAGCGGGAAUUGAGGCUGCUCAGAAGAAGGAAGAAAAGUGGGAGAAAGAACUGGAAUCCGUUAAGAACCAACAUUCUUUAGACAUGGCUGCUCUUCUUUCCGCCACUCAAGAGCUUGAAAAAGUGAAGCAAGAAUUGGCGAUGACCUGUGACGCCAAAGAUCAGGCUCUGACCCACGCAGAUGACGCAACUAAGAUCGCUGAAAUCCAGGUGGCAAAAGUAGAGACAUUGUCGAAUGAGGUCACACGAUUGAAGGGAUUGCUGAAUUCCAAGUUUGAGACAGAGGCGGAUCAAAGUAACAAGUUGGUGACUGAGCUGAAUUUGGAGAUUGAUACUUUGAAAUCAGAGGCUGAGCAGAGUAACAAGUUGGUAUUGGAGCUGAAAUCGGAGAUAGAGACGCUGAAAUCUGAAGGUCAUGAAAAUGACAAAUUGGUGUCGGAGCUGAAAUCGGAGGUGGGAUUUCUAAAAUCAGAGGAAGAGGCGUUGAAAUUAGAGAUCAAGACUCUGAAUGAAGAACUAAAGAAAGCUAAAGUUUACAAGGAGAAAUUACUUGAAAGAGAGGCUUCGUUGGAGGAAAUAAACAUCGAGUUGGAGGCUGCAAGAAUGUCUGAAUCUUAUGCACGUAACUUAAUGGAGGAAUGGAAAACUAAAGUGGAAGAACUAGAUUUGCAGGCGGAGGAAGCCAAGAGAUUAGAGAGGUCUGCUUCUUCAUCUCUGGAGUCAGUGGUCAAAGAAUUAGAGGGGAGCAAUAAUUUGUUGCGAAAUGCAGAGUCUGAACUUGCUUCUCUUAAAGAGAAGGUGGGUUUGUUAGAAAUGUCAAAUGUGAGACAACGAGGGGAUCUUGAGGAGUCGGAACGCAGCCUUCAGAAAGUGAAGGAAGAUGCGUCUGAAAUGGCGAAGAAAGUUGAAUUCUUGAAGUUGGAGCUUGAAACGGUAAAGGAGGAGAGAACACAGGCGUUGGAACACGAGAAACUUGCUGCUAGCAGCGUUCAAACUCUUUUGGAAGAAAAGAACAAACUCAUGAGCGAGUUGGAAACAUCGAAGGAUGAGGAGGAAAAGAGCAAGAAAGCGUUGGAAAGCUUAGCGUCGGCCUUACAUGAAGUUUCUGCAGAAGCACGAGAAGCAAAAGAAAAGCUACUGUCCAAUGAAUCUGAGCACGAUAAUUACGAAUCACAAAUAGAAGAUCUGAAACAGGCUCUGCAAGCGACGAACGAAAAGUAUCAGAACAUGAUCGAUGAUGCAAAACACGAGAUUGAUAUGCUCAUGAAUACGAUUGAACAAGCUAAACAUAACCAUCAAGAUACAGAAUCUGAGUGGAAAGAAAAGGAGCUACAUUUGAUGGAUUGUGUUAAGCAGUCGAAAGAAGAGAACAUUUCGCUCGAAAAGGAAGUAGGCAGGUUAGCUAAUUUGCUUAAAGAGACAGAGGAAGAAGCGUAUGCCUCCAACGAAGAAAGAGCGCAGCUCAAGAACAUAUUGAAAGAAGCCGAAUCUGAGGUUACAUAUCUUAAGGAAGUUCUUGGUGAGGCAAAAGCCGAGAGCAUGAAUUUGAAGGAGAGUCUAAUGGACAAAGAAAACGAGUUGCAAAGUCUUGAUCAAGAAAUCUUGGAGCUUCACAAGAAGGUGGAGGAGUUGUCAAAGUUGGUUGAGGAGGCAGCUGCCAAAGAACGAGUCGAAGAAAAUGAUGACAUCACGGAUAGUGAAAAAGACUAUGACAUGCUUCCGAAGGUGGUAGAGUUUUCUGAACACAAUGGAGAUGGAAGAGACGAGAUGCCAAAAUCCGAACAACCUCCAAAAGAAACACCAUGGACUGAGAAUGAAGUUUUGCAAAAAGAUGCAACGGUGAAGGAUGCUGCUACUAAGGAUUCAGGGGUUAUGAAUGGAGAACAUAAAGAGAGCGAAAAAGAAGCAGGAAAGGGAAAUGAAGAUUCAGUAGAAGUUGAAUUUAAGAUGUGGGAAAGCUGCAAGAUUGAAGAAAAAGACUUGUCACCCGACAGAGAUGGAGCUCAUGAAGAAUCUUUCGAGGAUGAAGUGGAUUCAAAAACGGAAGGUGGUGAAGGGUACGAUCAGAUAAAUGGUACAGAAAACAUAGACAAUGGUAGCAACUCACCGUCAAAGCAGCCGCAGCAAGUGAAGAAGAAGAAACCUUUGCUCCGUAAGUUUGGAAGCCUGCUGAAGAAGAAGAGCACAAGCAACAACCAGAAGUAGGGGGCACGACCAUGGUCGAGUAGUGAAAAGAGGUAUAUCGAUGUUUACAUGUGUUUGUGUCCCUUUUUUUUUUUCUUUUGAUACAAUGUCUUUUUUUUCCAUGAUUUUAAACAAUGGGUAAUUACGUAUCAUCUACGGAGAUUUGUUUGUUAUUAUUAUUAUUAUUUUGUGUAUGCUAUUCCAAUUUCCAUGAGUCUUGUAUGUUAUUUUCCCCUUGUAUGUUACUUAGAAAGUUGAUUGGAAUUUGGGAAGAAGUGUUAACUUUUGAGGAAGAUAAUAGCAGCUUAAUGUGGUUUC